AUGAAGUUUGGGAAGGAGUUCACAUCACAAAUGGUGCCAGAAUGGCAAGAAGCAUAUAUGGAUUACAAUUUUCUCAAGACCCUUCUAAAAGAAGUGGAGCGUUUCAAGCAAGGAAGCAAGCCACCAGCCACACCCGCUCGGCUAAAGCGAAAGCUAACACUUCAUAGAGCUUUCAGUGGCCUAACUCACUUUGCAAGGAAUGGCCAUCCCACGUGCUCCUCUGAAUCUGACAUUGAAAGCCAAGCAAUUCUCGUCCAUUCAGUGGAGCGAAAUGGCUUUGCUGGCUAUGAAACUACGUUUCUUAAGUUAGGAGAGGAGGGAGCAGAAUACGAGCUUGUGUACUUUAGAAGACUUGAUGACGAGUUAAAUAAAGUUGACAAGUUUUACAGGUCUAAGGUGGAAGAGCUGAUGAUUGAGGCUGCAUCAUUGAAUAAGCAAAUGGAUGCUUUAAUUGCUUUUCGGGUCAAGGUGGAGAAUCCACAAGGUUUGUUUGAUAGCUCGGCAGAGAUGAAUCACCUUUCCAUGGAUGUUGCAACUUCAGCGGCUGCUACUACUCCAUCCAGGGCUAGAGCAAGCAGUAAGUGUAAGCCAAAUAGCAUUAGGGGCACUAGGCCAGCUCCAUUACAGAUACUUGAUCGGGUGAAAAUGAACAACACUGUGGAGACUCCUUGUUCCACCAUCAAAGGCUUCCUUAAUCCUGAUCAGCUAACGGCGCUAUACUUCACGAGAGAAAAUCUGAAAAGGGUUGAGCAAAAACUUAAGAAGGCUUUCAUUGAAUUUUAUCAUAAGCUUUGCCUUCUAAAAAGCUAUAGCUUCUUGAAUAGUUUGGCUUUUUCGAAGAUCAUGAAGAAAUAUGAUAAGAUUGCCUCUAGAAAUGCCUCAAAAUCUUACUUGAAAAUGGUGGAUGAAUCCUACCUUGGCAGCUCGAACAAGGUUAGCAAGCUAAUGGAAAGGGUGGAAGCUACCUUCAUCAAGCAUUUCUGUAACUCAAACCGUAGUAAAGGGAUGAACAUCUUGAGACCCAAAGCAAAGAAAGAAAGGCAUAGAGUAACAUUUUCCCUUGGUUUCUUUGCUGGCUGCACAGUAGCUCUAAUAUUGUCCCUCAUUUUGAUUAUUUGUACCCGCCAUCUCCUUAAACUUAAGGAAGAGGGAGAAAAGUACAUGGAAAACAUGUUUCCUCUUUACAGCUUGUUUGGGUUCAUUGUUCUGCACAUGCUCAUGUACGCUGGGAAUAUAUACUUCUGGAGGCGAUACCGUGUCAAUUAUUCAUUUAUAUUUGGUUUCAAGCAAGGAACUGAAUUGGGCUACCGAGAAGUUCUCUUCCUUGGUUUUGGGGUUGCAGUAUUAGCCCUAGCGAGUGUGCUACCAAACCUGGAGCAGACGGACCCAGAAACAGAAGAUUACAUAGCAUUCACUGAACUCCUUCCCCUGGGUUUACUUGUGCUUGUAAUUGUCAUAUUGAUCUGCCCUUUGAACAUCAUAUACCGCUCCAGUAGAUUCUUCUUUCUUAAAUGCUUGUUUCAUUGUUUUUGUGCACCUCUCUAUAAGGUCACACUCCCAGAUUUUCUCGUGGCAGAUCAGCUAACUAGCCAGGUGCAAGCAUUUAGAAGUUUGGAGUUCUACAUUUGCUACUAUGGUUGGGGAGACUACAAACAUAGACAAAACACCUGUAAAACAAAUGUUGUAUAUAAUACUUUCUACUUCAUUGUAGCUGUGGUUCCAUACUGGUCUCGCCUUCUUCAGUGCCUCAGACGCCUGUUUGAAGAGAAAGAUCUGAUGCAAGCAUAUAAUGGGGUAAAAUAUAUCUCAACCAUAGUAGCCGUUAGUGUGAGGACAGCAUACAGUCUUGACAAGGGAAUGGGUUGGAGGAUAGUCGCCUGGGUUUCCUCUGCAAUUGCUGCAAUCACUGGAACAUACUGGGACCUUGUUUUUGACUGGGGCUUACUCCAAAAGCAUGCUAAGAACCGCUGGUUGAGAGACAAACUCCUUGUCCCUCACAAGAGUGUAUAUUUUGGAGCAACGGUUUUGAAUGUCUUGCUGAGAUUUGCCUGGUUGCAAACGGUGUUGGAUUUCCAGUUGUCUGUCAUACAUAGAGAAGGCUUAAUUGCAAUCGUAGCCAGCCUUGAGAUUAUCCGUCGUGGCAUAUGGAAUUUCUUCAGGUUAGAGAAUGAACAUUUAAAUAAUGUUGGCAAGUUCCGAGCAUUCAAGUCGGUUCCACUACCUUUCAACUGCGAUGAAGAUGAUGAGAAGGAUGGGUAG